AACGUUGCCAUGUUCAACGUGUUAUUAGCCGUAAUGUCCUCUGAUAGCCUCGUCUGGAGCCACGUCCACAUUCGCCGCCCACACGGCAUGCAAGCUCUUUCCCAAGGGUUCGCGGUAGUAGCAUCUCUACCUCCGGCAGUGGACUUUUAGGGUGUUAGUGACACUGCGUUGAGUUGAAUAUGAAUGUCGGGGCUUGCGGACACUUGGAUGACACCACAGGAGCAGUAUGGACGCAUGUUGUGUUUUGGAUUUGGCUGUUACACUGUAACACCCCUGAGACUCCUACACGACUCAACCACUCGCCCGUCCAGUGGCACAGGGGUUAUUGAAAAAGACAGAAUGAUGAAAUCCUUGUGUUUCAUCUCCUGGACUCUGCUCUGCUUCUGCUGCUGGACCACACAGGCAGAGGUCUUCACAUCCAUAGGCCAGAUGACAGACCUGAUCCACACAGAGAAGGAGCUGGUCCAGUCUUUGAGGGAGUACAUAAAAGCAGAGGAGUCCAAGCUGGCUGAAGUCAAAAGUUGGGCCAAAAAACUGGACGCUCUGACCCGAGUGUCCACCUCAGACCCAGAGGGCUACCUGGCCCACCCGGUGAACGCCUACAAACUGAUGAAGAGGCUCAACACGGAGUGGUCUGAGCUGGAGAGCCUGGUGUUGCAGAACCCCUCUGAUGGGUUCAUUUCCAACAUGUCCAUACACAGACAAUACUUCCCCGAUGAGGAGGAUGAGACGGGUGCAGCCAAGGCAUUGAUGCGUCUUCAGGACACGUAUCAACUGGAUUCUGAGACCUUCUCAAGAGGAAAGCUGCCAGGAAUGCACUCCAGUGCCCUUCUGACGGUGGAUGACUGCUACGACAUGGGGAAAACUGCCUAUAACGACGCCGACUAUUAUCACGCUGUGCUGUGGAUGCAGCAGUCCUUGAAGCAGCUGGAUUCCGGUGAGGAAGCUGUGGUCUCCAAGGCGGACAUUUUGGACUACCUCAGCUACUCUGUCUACCAAAUGGGAGACCUGCCUCGAGCCAUCGAGCUGACCCGCCGCCUGGUGGCUAAUGACGCCAAACACCAGAGGGCAGGAGGAAACCUCCGUUAUUUUGAGCGGUUACUGGCCCAGCAGCGGAAUGAGUUGAACCAGGACUACCAGCCAGCCUCUGAGGAGCCGAUCCAGCUUGGAACCUACACUAGACCCAAAGACCAUCUACCAGAGAGGGAGAUCUAUGAGGCGCUCUGCAGAGGAGAGGGGCUCCAAAUGAACGAAGCGAAGCGGAGCCGUUUGUUCUGUCGCUACCACGACGGGAAGCAAAACCCUCGUCUCCUGUUGAAGCCCAUGAAGGAGGAGGAUGAGUGGGACAGCCCCCACAUCGUACGCUACCUGAACGUCCUGUCAGACCAAGAGAUUGCAAAGAUUAAGGAGCUGUCUAAACCCAGGCUUGCCAGAGCUACCGUUCGUGAUCCCAAAACAGGAGUCCUGACCACAGCCAACUACAGAGUAUCAAAAAGUGCAUGGUUGGAAGAAGAGGACGAUCCUGUUAUUUCCAGAGUCAAUCAGAGAAUAGAAGACAUCACAGGCCUCGAAGUCGACACUGCAGAGCUACUUCAGGUUGCAAACUAUGGAGUUGGAGGACAGUACGAGCCACAUUAUGACUUCUCAAGGCGUCCUUUUGACAGCCAACUCAAGGUCGAUGGAAAUAGACUUGCUACGUUCCUAAACUACAAAGAUGAGCCUGAUGCUUUCAAAAGAUUAGGCACGGGAAAUCGCGUGGCGACUUUUUUGAACUACAUGAGUGAUGUUGAGGCGGGAGGUGCUACGGUCUUCCCUGACUUUGGAGCAGCAAUCGUGCCGAGAAAGGGAACAGCAGUGUUCUGGUAUAAUCUGUUCAAGAGCGGAGAGGGAGACUACAGGACCCGGCAUGCAGCCUGUCCUGUCUUAGUAGGAAGUAAAUGGGUGUCAAACAAGUGGAUUCACGAGCGAGGACAAGAGUUCAGGAGACCCUGCGGCCUCAGAGAAGUCGACUGAAGUUUGAUGAACAAACAACAUGCACGUACUGUACGUGCUCCCUGUUGUCUUAUUUCUAUUUUAUAAAUGCAACUCUGACAAGUUUUUACAAACCGUACGUAAGUGUUCGCUCCCUCAACUUCUCUCCAUAAUUGACAAAUGUUUUAUGACACUGGAAUGCGAGAUCUGGCUGGAUGAUAUCCUUUCUUUUUCUUUUCUUACCAGAAGCUGUGGGGCUCAGUUCUGAGUUGUGCAUCUGCCACAUGACCCAUAUGAUAAAAUAAGUGAAUAAAGAUCAAACAAAAAAAGUAAAUAAUAUAUGUUAUUGUAGUUCGGAGUAACUUUCAAAUAUAAAAACCACAAAACUGUAUCAGUUCAAUCUUGGUUUUAUGUAUGAAUGAAUAGUAUCUAAUUCAAAUCCAAAAUGAAAUCUGAAAGUGUCCAACCUCAAAUCUUUCCAUUGAUGCCAGAAACUUGUGUAUUUUGGCUCUCGUGUCAACACUCUCGUAUCUCAGCUUUUAUAAUUAACUUUUCAAAAUAAAAGCAUUAGAAUUAAUGCUUACACAGAUAACAUGGAUAAUGAGGCCAAAUGGUGUCAGGGCAGGUUAUUGUGAUAAAUUUCAAAUUCAAACGCACAUUUCUCAAUAACAAAGAUACUACAUGCUUCUGGUAAUGGACUCGUUGGACCCACAUGUAGACCUUGUGCUAAAUUCGCUUGUGGCAAAUUACAUCACCACCUCCUAUACUUUGUAAUAUCUAUGGUAUGUGCAGAUUAUCAGGUUGUUUUCAAGUGUCUGAACAAAAAUGCAGACAUUGAAAAACACCCUGGAUCCAAAGUAAAUGUGUUUGGUAAUAUUUACUCAAUUUAGAAGCUAAUGAAAGAAGCAGUCUAAGGAAAACCGCUUCUCUGUAGUAGUUAUUUCAAACCACAAAAUAUGGUCAUAUCAUCAGUCUUUUAGACACAAGCACACUUGUGUACUAUGUCUUCAUUACUAACAGAUUUAUUUUGUGGUUUAAAUUGAUAAGUGCCAAUUUGAUGUCAUCCUUCAGCUGCAUCCAAAGUGUUCCUCUCUGUCAGACCUAACAAAAAAAUAUACAGACAUCUAAGGAUUUUCCUACAAAAUCUUGCCCAGGACAUUUUAAAUUAAUCUAGUGUUUAAGUUAUUACACUGUUGUUACAUUGUGUGCUUUCUCUAAGAUGACAAACAAGCAAGUCAAUAAACGGUGUAUUGUAUCAAAA